AUGAUGAUCAAAGUCAAGACCCUUACCGGCAAGGAGAUCGAGCUCGAUAUCGACCCUGACGAUCUGAUAUCUCGUAUCAAGGAGAAGGUUGAGGAGCAGUCUGGUGUCCCGCCACCGCAGCAGCGUCUCAUUUUCUCGGGCAGACAAAUGGCCGACGACAAGGCCGUCAAGGACUUCAACAUCUCUGCCGGCGCGGUCCUUCACUUGGUCCUGGCUCUCCGUGGUGGCUCGUGCUAG